AUGAGUGUCGUGUCCAAGUCUAUGCCAAUAAAGAGCCCUUUCACCACCUCAACCACCUCCAAAAUGAACAGCCCCUGUGCCACCCCAUCCACAACAACAGCUCCACUGAUCCCAGACAAGAUCUUGCCAAACCUGUACCUGUCAGACAUUCACACUGCUGCCGCAGUCCUCAGCCCCAAUUACAAUGCUCCAAACCGGCCAAGGAUCAAGUAUGUUCUCUCAGUCAUCGACAAUCCGGACAAGCAACCCAAAGUGCCUCCUGGACAUGAAGCAGAAUUUGUCCUCAAGAUGAUCAGUCUCCGGGACAACGCCAACUUUGACCUGCUGCAGCUGUUGGGCGAAGCCUGCGCUUUCAUCAAGGCAGGUCUUCAGAAUAACGAUGGCGGCGUCCUUGUCCAUUGCCAGAAAGGCGUGUCCCGGUCCGCCGCAGUCGUGAUAGGCUUUAUCAUGGAAGAAAUGGACCUCGACUACGACACUGCAUUCCGGUAUGUUCGUGGCGGUCGGUCAAAGGCGAAACCCAAUUCUGGAUUCCAAACGCAGUUGGAGCUGUGGGGCCAGCUGCGUUACAACAUUCACGAGACCGACGGCAAAGAGAAACAAGAGUACGCUUCCUGGAAAGCAGAUAACGACGAGCGGAUCAAGAAACUGGGGUCCAGAUGGACUGGUUAA